UCCAAUAUGGCGGCGAAAGUGGCCGGAGCUGAGUCAUCAAAAGAAGUUGAAGAUUCCAUUUCUCGUGGAUCAAUAGAAGUUUGUCGCCUUAUGCAUCCUGAUGAUGCCAACUUAGCAGGCAAUGUUCAUGGGGGCACGAUUCUGAAGUUGAUCGAGGAAGGAGGGUUCAUAAUAGCAACAAGGCAUUGCAACAGGAAUCGAACCAAAGACGAGCCCGUUCUGGCUGCUUUGGCACGUGUGGAAAGAACUGACUUUAUACAACCGAUGUUCAUCGGUGAAGUUGCACAAGUUCACGUUCAGUUGGGCUACGCAUCGAAGCGAUCAUUAGAAGUUAAAGCCAGUGUCUGGGCAGAAAAUGUUCUAACCGGAAGUCGUAGAUUGACCAAUCGCGCCUCUCUUUGGUAUGUUCCAAUCGUAAUGGGGUCAGAUGUUCGAAUUAUUCCUGAGGUUCCCUCGUUGGAGUACUCCAGCAAAGAUGAGGAGGAAAAAGGCAAAGAGCGAUACGAACUACAGAAGAGAGCCAGGCUUGAUAAGGAGGAACAUUUCCAAGAGAAUCCCCCAAGCAACAAUGUGGUUUCCCCAUUAGUUCACCCAGCUGGAAAGAAUGUGUCACGUUAUAGUGUGUUGAAUUCAGAAUCAUCAUUGAUCCAUUCAGUACAGCCAUCAGAGUGUACAAAAGCUGGAUUUGUUCUUGGAGGAGUGACCAUGAAAAUGAUGGAUGAGGUGGCAGGAAUUGUGGCAUUUAGACAUUGUAAAACUAAUGUGGUCACUGCAUCCAUCGAUGCCAUUGACUUCCAUGCCCCUGUCAAGCUUGGUCAUAUUAUACAUAUUACUGGCCGAGCAACAUUUACUAGUGCCAAGUCAAUGGAGAUUGAGGUUGUUGUAUAUGCCAAGGACUAUCAUACAGAUGACAGCAUAAGAGCUUGCAGUGCAUACUUCACAUUUGUGUCCCUUGAUGAAAAAAGAAGACCCCAAGCUAUUCCCUUUUUGGAACUUCACACUGAGGAGGAGGCAAGACGUUUUGAGGCAGGCAAUAAAAGAUAUCAAAAACGUAAAGAGAGGAGAGGAGGUCAAAGCUGAAUGAUGGGCUUUGGGGGACACGUAAUCAAACAGGGCCAUGAUUAGUUUGGUUUUAGCUGUGGUUCAUGUAGUUAUUGCAAGAAUCAGUACAUGCUUGCAUUUAUUACACAUAGGUGUGUGUAGUGGCACUCAGUUGGCAUGUACUGCGCAUGCAUUGCUUAGGAUUUGCACAUACAUAAAGUGCGUGUAAGGCUGUUUGUAGUAGUAGAAACAGCUUUGCAAAGGCUGUGGGUUAUAAAAUAAAGAUUUUCAGGACACCAGAUAUACAAGUAUACAAGUAUACCUGUGCAGAAUUUAGACUAGGUUUCUCAAGAGUCAACAGAAUUUCAUUUAACAAGACACCUGUGAAAAUGGUUUAAUGUUUAAAGAUAUAAUUUAUUAACUGAUAUGUGAUCAUUAAACUAAGAUAAAUUUGUGUUAGAAAAAGACUUUUUAUUUGUGAGUUUCGGAGAAACAGACUAAAAUUUGUAUUUUUAACUUACUAAACUUUUGAAGAA